GUUUCUACAGAUCCCGUUUCUUUGGUCCAAUGAAUCCUAUAAUCUUGCGAAAUCCACAUUUUCUCAAAUCGCUCAUAAUAUAUUACCGUUCCACUUCAACUUCACACUUAUUUGGUGAUACCAUCCCAUGCGGUUUGCCGCAAUCCGUAGUCAUCAUGGUUUACCAUAUGGAUAAUUUUAACCCGGACCAAAAGCGGGCUUAUGUAAUAUCGGCCUGUUCCAUCGGGCUGAGCCUUUCAACAAUGACGCUCGCUCUGCGAUUCAUGGCCAGGCGCAUGGUCGCAAAAAGACUCUUUCCGGAGGACUGGUGCAUGCUUGCUGGCUGGAUUUGCAGUGUAGGUAUCGCAGCAAUGGCAUUCAUGGGCUUCGUGUAUGGUAUGGGAGAACACGAAGCUACUGUACGAGCCAGACCGAAUGGCAAGGCACUCAUCAAAGGCUGUUUGAUGAGUGUUUGGAUUAUACAGCGAUUAUACCCGCCAGCGCAUCUGUUCAUCAAGACAUCCAUUCUGCUCUGGUAUUGCAGGAUAUUUCGCACUCCUGGUUUCAAACGUGCAGCAUGGAUUAUAUGGGGCUAUACAUUAUUAUGGUCGAUUCACGCCCAACUAGCAUCCCUGCUCGAGUGUCUACCACCAGCUUACUUCUACGAUCGAGAUAUACCUGGCGGGCAUUGCGUGCCUAACCCUCUCAUCAACAUCAGUCUCACCGAAAGUGUUCUAAACACUCUAGGGGAUGUGGCAAUAUUUAUCAUGCCGAUGCCAAUGUUGAAAAAUCUUCAUGUUAAUGAACAUAAAAGAAUGGCGCUAUACAUAAUAUUCGCCGUUGGUCUUUUGGUGAACGUGAUAAGCUUGGUCCGGUGGGUAUCCCUACUAGGCACAGCAGAAGAUAUUACCUCAAGCUUACCCACAGCAUCAACUUGGACAUAUCUUGAGGUAGCAAUGGCGAUCACUUGCGGAAAUCUUCCUUUACUGGCGCCUCUAUUUGGCAGUAUAUUUAGACGUGGUGGUACACAUUCGACCCCUGGAUAUGCAAGCAACGACAAGAGCAACACGACAAAGAGAGGAGGACUCACGGGUUCCUCUGUGCCCCGGUCGAAGAGACACUCUGUGAUCUACCCAGAAGAGAUAAUGCUUCAGGAUCGUAGCAAUGAAACGCUUACUUCACCACGCGCUAUGCAACCAAGGCAGUCUAGUGAUAGUAGGCGAAUACUAGUGGAAGACGAAAUUAUUGUAUCGUAUGCGCAGAGCUCACAUGGGGGCAACGCCGGUGGAGAUGCACCGGAUAAGGAUAAGGACCUGCCUCCGCUCCCUCCAGCGCCAACUCAUGCGUCAAGAGCAUGGGCUGAGAUUUGAAUAUCUGGAUAAACAAACAUGUAGCCAUACAGUUUUCAG